CUGAUACUGCUCUUGGAGAGGCCAAUGUCCCGCGAGAUGGCGCUUCAAACUUACAGACACCUGUUGCGCUCAACGCGCAUCGCGUUUCAAGGAGACAUGGGCACGCUUCUCGCCGCCCGCCACGAAGCCCGGAAGAACUUCGAGAACGGACGAAAUCUGGCUGUCGGGAGCGAAGAGAUGUCAAAGCAAAUUACACACGCGGAAGAAGUGGCAAAGUUCCUGAAGGAGAAUGUGGUGCAAGGACAAGCCAUGGACGCGGAAGGCAAUUACAAGCUUCGGAUACACGAGUACACCGAGCGCGGAAACAAUGAGGAUAUCAAGAAAUCGAAGGGGAAAACAUUAGCAGGCACUAAAUGCUGCUCAUCCUGACUUUUGGCCACCCCAAAUGAACCGUGAUACCCAUGCCAUGCAAGCCAAAACGCCAAUUCCAGACCCAUUUU